AAUACGAGAAGGAGGCGCUUCACUCCAGUUAAACCACAACAAAGAUGGAGGCGCGACAUGACAGCUAGUUUUGCAUUUUUCAUAGCGACGCGCUCAAACUCGCGCUGAAGUGAAGAUGGACGCGCCGCAUCUACCGGAGCAGAGCGCGGAGAAACGCGUCCGUAUCGUCGGAUCCGAGCUGGUGGAGAAUUACACGGUUUACAUCAUAGAGGUGAAUGUUGGAGAUCACAGGUGGACUGUCAAGCAUCGAUACAGCGACUUUCACGAUUUGCACGAAAAACUCACUGUGGAGAAGAAGAUCGAUAAGCAUCUGUUGCCGCCCAAGAAGAUCAUCGGCAAAAAUUCCAAAAGCCUCGUGGAGAAGCGACAAAAGGAGCUGGAGGUUUAUCUCCAAACGCUCCUGAGCAGAUUCCCUGCUUCGACCCCCAAAGUCCUGUCUAACUUCUUACUCUUUCACUUAUAUGAAAUCAAUGGAAUUGCUGCGGCCCUGGCUGAAGAGCUCUUUCAUAAGGGUGAGCAGUUGUUGGCUGCAGGCGAGGUGUUUCUCCUCAGGCCGCUCCAGUUGUACGCCGUCUCACAGCAGCUGAAACUCGCCAAACCAACCUGUGCCAACGGAGACGCCAGAGCUGACCUGGGACACAUCCUGGACUUCACCUGCCGCCUCAAGUACCUCAAGAUCCCUGGAAUGAAAGCAGUGGUGGGCACGAGUAACAUCGAGGAGCAGAGCCUCCCGUUUGACCUGUCCAUCUUUAAAUCGCUGCUUCAGAUCGAGAUCAGUGAUUGUGACGUCGGACAAAUCAAAGAUCUGCCUUCCCUAAAGCCCACUCUUGCCACGCUCAGCAUACACCUCUCAGCCAGCAGCAUGAAGGAAAUCUUAGUUCCUGAAGCGUCCGAAUUUGCGCAGUGGGAACCUGAGGGUGUUGAUACGGACUGUCCCGUGACGGCGAUCAUUCCCACGUGGAAGAUGCUCACUACUUUGGACAUGAGCCGAAACUUCAUACGCUGCAUUGAUGACUCGGUGAAACUGAUUCCUGAAGUCGAAUUCCUUGAUCUCAGCUAUAAUGAAUUGUCUCUAGUGGAAAACCUCCAGCAUUUGUAUAACCUGGUUCAUCUGGAUCUGUCCUUCAACAAACUCACGGUCCUGGAGGGCGUUCACACUAAACUCGGGAAUAUCAAGACUUUGAAUCUGUCUGGGAAUCAGUUGGAGACGCUUUCCGGCCUCAGUAAACAUUACUCAUUGGUUAACUUGGAUUUAAGCAGCAACAGAUUAGCACAGCUGGAUGAAAUCAAACACAUCGGCACUCUUCCCUGUCUGGAGAAACUGUCUCUGGCUGAUAACCCCAUGUGCAUCAUCCCAGAUUACAGGACGAAAGUUCUGGCCCAGUUCUGUGACCGGGCCUACGAGGUGUGUUUGGAUGGUACAACCACCACAGAAAAAGAGCUCGACACGGUGGAGGUGCUGAAAGCCAUUCAGAAAGCAAAAGAGGCCAAAGACCGAAUGGCGAACAAUGAGAAAAAGGUGAGUGACGUCCCGGGGCAGGCCGCAGGCAGGCCACAGUCCUCUUCGUCCUCUCUCGUCGCGCCGCCCUCCUCUUCCUCCCCCUCUCUGUCUCGUUUCACCUGCUCCAGUCAAGAAAUAACUACUUGUAAAGAAAAAGCUUUUAUUACCAAAGAGAUAUUAACUCCUGUGGAUUCUACACGUACCCAGAGAUGCUAUGAUGUUUACAGCUCAACCUGUGAUGUCAUUCCGCAGGUGGAAACUCAAAUUGAUUCGAGUUUGUCUUCGGAGGUCACCUUUGAGAGCAGGUUAUUUCUGAACUCUUGGGACUUUGAGGAAAGUGAGGGCAGUGUUAAAGGCGGAUACUUGAUCCAUUUCCUUAAUCUAGACUCAUCUACCUCUGACAAGAAUGUCGCAAACAACCCACAGUUUCCAAAGAACUCAGUACCUUCAGAUGUUUUAUCCCAAAUCAGCCUGUUUGAAAGCGAUCAGGACCAAACCUCCAAUCCAAUGAUCCUUUUCCUGACCUCUCGGUACCUCUGUAUUCUCAAGGUAGAUUUUGUUGCUCUGGCGUCCCGGGACCCUACGGAAGCAAGUAUGAUGCAGAGCUGCUCCAAAGUAACCCGUAUCCCACUCUCAUUCACGCUUCUCGACCCAAAGCAGUGCUGUUUGUGUAGGGCUGUCUCAAACUCUCGCCUUUUCUACGAUGAGCAUGUUAUAGAACUGAUGGUGGGUCAUGAGUGCCUGACUGUUGUUUUUGCCCUUCCACAAGACAAGUUCAUGUUCCUGAGAGAGUUCACACAGCUUCGGUCCAGUCUGAGGGAAAUUAAGACCAUAGCCCUCCAGUGCACCAAGAAAGGACACUUGAAAGUGCACAGUUGUCCCGCUCCUGCUACAGCCACGGAAAGAAUACCUGCCAGCAGCGUCCCUCAGGAAGUGCCAAGGCCCCAUCUGACCCUGUCUCUGCUGUAUCCAGCCAAAUCCCUCAUUCAGCAGCUGAUGGAGGACAACCAAUGUCCCUCGCAUCUCUCGCUCUCCUCCUCAUUACUCCUCAUCUCGUCUCUCAAGGGAGACCAGCUCGUUCACUUCUUCCAAAACAAUGUUGCAGAGAUGGAGAAUGAGGAGCUGAAACACAUCCUGUGGACGUCAGUGCUCUUCUACAGAUCUCCUGAUGUGGAGACCACUGCCUGUGUCCUGCUGUCCACCAAAGCCAUUUACUUCAUCCUGGACGACACGGCGUCCUCACUUACCAACCAAUCAAUGAUGUGGACCUGGCACCGGUCUGAGCACAAGGACAGAGAUUUCCUCAUUUCCUUUUGUUUCACCCUCAAACUGAAGGACCUGCAGAGCAUCAAUGUGGGCUUGUUUGAUCAGUACUUUAGAGUCAUGGGGCCCUCGGCUGAUCACAUCAUUUCCUGUUUGACCCGUGACAGUUACAGCACACACCGGUUCCUGCAGCAGCUGAUGAUGGUUUUGUCCUUGCUGGAGAAAGUUCCCUCUCCUGAACCUUCUGAGCUGGAUUUCUACUCGCAGUUUGGAAACAAAAGCACAGGUAAAAUGGUGAAUUACGAACUGGUCCAUUCCAGCAAGGUGAAGUUUAUAUAUCCAAGCGAGGAAGAGAUUGGAGACCUCACCUUCAUCGUGGCGGAGAGGAAGACCCCUCAAGUGCCGUCUCACUCCUUUAACAUCCUUUUGUACGUACUGGUAUUCCAGGUCCACAUCGUUCCAGGCCAAACCGCCCAGAACCAGACCGUCCUACAACCCAAGACUCUUAUACUCACCAGCACGGAUGUCUUCCUCCUGGAUGAAGACCACAUCAGCUACCCGCUACCCGAAUUUGCAAAAGAGCCACCACAAAGAGACAAGUACUGCCUCACGGACGCCCGGCGGAUACGCGACUUGGACCGCGUGCUAAUGGGCUACCAGACUUACCCACAAGCCCUCACGCUGGUGUUCGACGACGUUCCCGGACCGGAUCUUUUGUGCCACCUUACCAUGGACCAUUUUGCAGAUGGUGACGGGAAGGGCGACAGGACGCAGGGGUUCGGAGGAGCCGAGGGGGAAGUGCAAUGGUGUAUUUUCGUACCAGGAGCUGAUAGCAGAGAGAGGCUAAUAUCGCUCUUGGCUCGCCAGUGGGAGACAUUGUGUAGCCGAGAGUUGCCGGUUGAGCUAACAGGCUAAAAUACAAAAAAACAAUGGAAAAUUUGCAGUAUUCACCUACACAGUAUGACGGAACAUUUGUUUUCAUGAACUUUUUUCAGUUUUGACACAAUGCAUCCUGGGAAGCUAUGUUGUAGAGUCCACACGAGUAUAAUAUAUAUUUUUUGUCUCAGGCUUCAAACUUUGCUUUUUUUUUGCUGCUUUUCAGACAUAUUUAUCUGCUGCUUUGUACAAUCAGCCAUGCAUCAUGAAAUGUGAAACAUCUGUUUUGUGCAGUUCAGUGUUAUUUUAAGUAAAUUUGUUGUUCUGUGGCAAAAUGAUUUUCAGAUGGCUUUCAAUGAACGGAAAAAGAUAUAUAGCCUUUUUUUAUUUUUUUUAAUGUAAAUGCAGUUUUAACGGGUUAAUUCAAUUUUAGAAAGUAUUCCCGAGAUAAAUCUGUGGAUUUAUUUGUACAUAUUUGUACAGAUAUUCAAACAGAAGACCACCAAGCAGAGUGCUUUUAACUUCAUGAGAUUAUUCAUCAUGGGAAUUCAGCCUGAUUAUGCACUUUGAAUUUUUUUAAUAAAUGUGAGUAAA